AUGUUUUACGCCCAAUUCGUGCUAUCAAAAAAAGGGCCACUUGCAAAGAUUUGGUUGGCAGCGCACUGGGAAAAGAAGCUGUCAAAAGCUCAAAUUUACGAAACUAAUGUGCAAGAUGCUGUUGACGAAAUACUGCAACCAAAGGUCAAAAUGGCUCUACGAACUACUGGACAUCUACUGCUUGGUAUCGUACGAAUAUAUUCUAGGAAGGCAAAGUAUUUGUUAGCUGACUGCAAUGAAGCCUUUCUUAAAAUCAAAAUGGCAUUCCGUCCUGGACAAAUUGAAAUGGUUGAAGAGGGGAAGGAAGCGCCGUUUGCUGCUAUAUCACUUCCAGAAGUUUACACAGAUUUCGACUCUACUUUGCCAGAGUUCAACGAAACCGAGUUUGCGAACCACUUACAGAUUAAUCAAAGCAGAAUUGAUGAUAUCACAUUGAAGGAGGACCACAUUUCUGAUCAACACAUGUUCGGCGCCGAAUUCGCCAGUGAUGAAUUUGGAGAUACUGCAUUUGGACCUGUAACUUUCGGGAUGGAAGAUGAUUUCGGUGAAUUCCCACCUCUGGCCCCCGUUACGGAUGUCAGUGGAGUUGAAGUGCAGCGAGACGCCAGUAGCUUUAUGGCCGGAGAUCGACUGAGCAUGCGAGAUAUUCGUGGAGCAACUCCUAGUCUGGAGGGCGCUAAAGCUCCUGGCGUCAACAUUUUCGUUGACGAUGAUUUUGGAGGCAUGGAUAUGGGUGGUGGUGAAGAAGAGAUGGAAGGUACGUAA